UGUUGUCCUUAAUUGCGUGUUGUGUGGACAAUGGAAUGUCACAUGAAUGAAUGUCUUUAAUGUGUGACAUUGUAGUACAUUUUUCCUUUGUUUCCCUUUAGCAUCACAGACUACCUCAAACUGCCCGACUCCAACCUUCAGCACCUUCAUAGAAUACAGAAAAAAGAAAAAUGAAGAGAGGCAAAAGUUUUCUGAAGGGAGGAAGGGCUUAAAGAAAAAGGAAAAAAGAAAGGUUCAGAUAAAUGUCGGCUUGAUGACCAUUAAAAAGGGUGGUUUGAAGCCAUACCGUGGAAAAACUAUUUUCCUAACAACAGACCCUGACGCUACUGCCACAAGUCUGCUCAAUCAAGCUGUUAAAAAAAUGAAGGACUUUAACAAAGAUCUAAAAGAUGGACCUUUCCUUCUUCUGUAUCCGGAUGGCACUGAGGUCAUUACUGUCCCUGGAACACAAAGACCAUUUACACUUGAGGCUUAUAAGGCUGAAGUUGGCAAGCCUUAUCAAAGAAUCACUGUUUUCAUCUGCUUGAAGAGUGACUUUGAAGAUGUUGGAGAAAACUCAGACUUGUCUGACUCUGACCCAGAGAUUGUUAUUAAAAGGCCCUCUGAGUUUGAUCUUGCUGAUACACUGCCAUGGGAACUUCAACAUGAAAGCAGUCCUUUACAGAAAGCGGCAGAAUAUGAGAAGGGUGCUGGGGAUCUUGUGCUUGCUAAUGAAGUACAACAGGUCCUGAAAGCUGAAUCAGAGGAGUCUUUGCAUAAUCUUAUUUUGCAAAACAGCACAAUCUUCCAAACUGCUGGAUGCCUCAGAAACGUCAAGCCUUGUGAGAAACAAGCAUUUGUGGAGGAGUACCUCAGAUGGUACAUCCUUGAAAGAAACCAAAGUGUCAUUCAACGAUUUAAAGAUGGACUGGAAAGUCUGAAUUUUUUAAGUGCACUGCAACAACAUUCCAGUGUGCUGGCCCCACUCCUAUGCUUCUCUGCCAAGGCCCUGACUGCUUCAGAACUGGAGAGCAUGUUCAGACCAGAUCUCAGCCCAGCAGGAAGCAACAAGCGGCAUAAGGAGGUCCUAACACUUGGCUUUUGGGCAGAUUAUCUCCUUGAUUGUGAAGAGAAGGCAACAGCAGUGUGUCUGGAAGAUUUGAUGAUGUUUGCCACAGGGCUGACGGCAGUUCCACCGGCAGGAAUGACACCACCACCAUGCAUCCAGUUUUUAAGUGAUUCGCCUUUUCCAGUUGCAAACACCUGUGCAAAUACUCUGAAGCUACCCAUCUGUGACUCAUACAGCAUCUUUAAGGCCAACAUGGACUUUGGAAUUCAAAAUGCUCCAGGAUUUGGAUGUUCUUAAAUCAGCAAGGUCAUCAAGUUACAGUUACUGAGUUACCCUGUUAGGUUCAGCUGCCGUUGGCACACUACUUAACACAUUCAUGUGACAAGCAACUUCCAUAGUGUCAAACAUUUAGUUGUUUUAGUUGUUUUUUCUGAAUAUUGUGUAUGUUGGAAAAGUGACAGAAAUGCUGGACACUAUUUGUAAAUGGUUUUAUUAAAGAAAAUUUUAAAUGUUU